ACGGAGGGUGUGGGGUAAUUUGAUAGUCAGCGAACCUGGGCGAAUAUUUGGAGGAAAAAGAAAGAAAAACAAUGAUGGUACGGAUGUACGGAGACGUGUGAUCAAAGAUGUGUUCACGUUUUCGUUUAAAUAGAAAUUUAACUGCCAACGAGUUGAGCUAAAGUGUGUAGGCCUAGAGAAGACAAACAUUUAGACGAUGUAGCCUCUCGGAGUACAGAACACUAUCUCAGUAAAUUACAGCGUAACUCAAGACUUUCACCAAGCGUUUGACGGCUUUAAGAAAUGAUCUCACGUCGGCACGAUCAGCAGUGCUGCUUUAUCAUCGUGACUGUCGGAAUGAUAACCCCCUUCGUGUUUACGGCCCCAUCGCAUUACCUUCAAAGUUCACAUCAGCGAGAAACGUGGCUGUCGGACAAGGUUUUUUAUGAUCUGGAGGAAAACCAAGAGAACAGUGAGAGUUCGGACUCCAGUGAACUGUGUCCUCCAGUUCCAAAACAGCUGGGUGAUGACAGCUGCGCUGUUGCCUCCUGUCGUUCUGAUACCGAGUGUGCCGACAGACAGCUCAAGUGUUGUUAUAACGGCUGCGUGUUUACAUGUUUGGCUCAAGUGAAACCAGCUCCACAUUUUGACUGGAUAGUUGAACCAGUUCGGCAAUUACAGUUUGGCCAGUCUUGGUUAGUGCCUGGACCUGAUGAAGAUUCAAACAUUGUACUGUGCAGCACCACUCCACCAGAUGACGACUCUGACCCCCUUAUCUGUCCCCAUGGUUACACAUGCAUUGUGGAUGAUGUGGCGGCCAGUGCAGAGCAGGAGGAGUUGCCAGAUCAGGGCCACUGUGUGAAGAUAGCUGAUGAUGUCACUGUCAAAACUAUAACAAUUAGUGAAAUUCAAAAUGACCAGCCACCAUCCAAUGAUCUUUAUGACACAGCAUUAAAACAUGCCUGUUUCAUCGAUGAAGGUCAGCUGUUAAUAUCAGGACAUUCUUUAAUCUUAGAUGGGCAAAAGUGCUUUUGUAAUGAUAAAAAGUUGACCUGCAAUGAUUAAAGAUUUAUUUAUCAAA